CAAACUCACAGUUCUGUCUCCUUUCUUUCUCCCUGUGACUCCAUGGUGAGAACAGCAGAUAGGAUGCUGUCGCUCAGCUCUCUGUGUUUGCUCCUCAUCCUGAUUCUCCUCAACCCCCCUGAGCUGUUUGCACAGGAGGUGCUUGUACGUCUUGCAGGUGUAGGUCGACGCAAUGCAAACGAGGGACGUGUGGAGGUUUACUAUAAUGGAACAUGGGGAACGGUGUGUGAUGAUGAAGUGGAUCUUAACCUUGCCAAUGUAUUGUGCCGGGAGCUGGGCUUUCAGCGCGGCUUCACCUGGGCGCACAGUGCCAAGUUUGGCAGGGGUCAAGGUCUGAUCUGGCUAGACAAUGUGCGCUGCAAGGGCACAGAGCACUCUGUUUCACAGUGUCGCUCCAACGGUUGGGGAGUCAGUGACUGCACCCAUGCGGAGGAUCUAGGGGUCAUCUGCAGCCCGGAAAGGAGUCCCGGCUUCCCCCCCGCCACCUUAGAGGAAGCACCUUCAUCCUCAAGGCAACAGCAAACCCCCCAAAGGCAAAGAGGCACACCAGCACAGUCUGCUUCCCCUCCGGCUCCAGCCGCAGCCUCAGCCCAGGCUGGAAGAGGCCAUGAGAUCGCCCUUCACCGCAACCCGACCUCCUCCCGUCGUAACGGCAUCUCCCCACAGGAGAAUGGACACGAGAUCCAGAUCUUGCGACGUCAGCGAGGCCAUACCAGGGAGAACCAACGGGCCAACACAGGCUUGCCGCAAGGACACCAGCUGCCUUCCCGUCUCGCAAAUGGGGCAUCCUACAGGCAGAGGCAGGAGACAGCGAGAAGCAGGUAUCAGGAUACCAGACCCGGAGCACAGGGGCGGGAGACCAGGCAGCCUCAGCCUCCCGGACAGCUCCAGUCUGAGAGGAGCAACGGCAGGCAUCAGCAGCUCAGUGGGAACCAUGUGGAACCAGACCCAGUUUAUCCAGUUUCGGGACUGGAGACUGAUGCACAAUACACACAGGGAUCCCAGAGGAUUCAGUUAGAAGAGGUACGUCUACGACCCGUGCUGUCUGGCCACCGUGGGGGACUGGUGACAGAGGGAGUGCUGGAAGUGAAGCAUGCUGGGAGGUGGCGUCAUGUGUGUGACCAUGGAUGGGAUCUGAGCAGCAGCCGUGUCGUGUGUGGCAUGCUAGGAUUCCCUGCAGCAGAACCGUUUGACCUAAAUGCCUACAGGAAAAUGUGGGACUCCAAGCUAGCUGAUCCUUCAUCUGGGCUGAGGACACAGGUCAGCAAGAAGGGCUACUGGGUGGAGAAAGUGCAGUGCCAGGGUGCCGAGGGAUCCUUGUCCCAGUGUCAGACCCAGCUGUCACUCCCCAGGACCAGCGGGCCAUGCAACGGGGGGAUGCACGCAGUGGUCCGCUGCGUUCCCGGAAACCAGUUUAGACACUCUGGGAGAGCUCCUCCACCACCUGCUGUUCCGGCCGUGGUGCGUCUGAAGGCCGGCUCCCGUCUCGGAGAGGGGCGCGUCGAAGUGCUGAAGGAAGGCAAAUGGGGCACCAUAUGUGACCACCUGUGGGACAUCAGUGCAGCCCACGUGGUCUGCAGGGAGCUGGGUUUCGGGUCGGCCACAGAGGCUCUCACCAGGGCCCAGCUGGGACAGGGCACUGGCCCCAUCCACAUGAACAGCGUCCAGUGCACAGGCAGGGAGAGGUCGAUUACAGACUGUCCCCACAGACCAGUGCCACUUUACACAUGCAAACACACCCAAGAUGUUGCCGUCCGUUGCAGUGUCCCCAAAAAUGACAUGCAAACCACGGUACGCCUGGCGGGAGGCAGAGACCGCGGAGAGGGCCGCGUGGAGGUGCUGAUAGAUGUUGGCGGGGUAAAACGCUGGGGCUCCAUCUGCAGUGAAAACUGGGGUAUCAACGAGGCCAUGGUGGUCUGUAAACAGCUCGGCUUGGGAUUCGCCUCAAGAGCUCAUCAGGAGACCUGGUACUGGCCUGGAUCUCCUGACGCCAGUGAGGUGGUCUUGAGUGGAACUCAUUGCGUCGGUACUGAGAUGUCUAUCCAGCAGUGUCGCAGAAAUGCCCAAGUCUACUGUCCCAGAGGUGGAGAUGGCCGAGCUGCAGGAGUCACGUGUGUAGACACUGCUCCUGACCUUGUGGUGGAUGCCCAGCUUGUCCAAGAGACAGCCUACCUGGAGGAUCGGCCUCUCCACCUGCUGACUUGUGCCAACGAGGAGAACUGCCUGUCUUCCUCUGCUGCCAGAAUGAACUGGCCCUACGGACACCGCCGCCUGCUGCGCUUCUCCUCCCGCAUCAUGAACGUUGGUCGUGCUGACUUCCGACCCCGUGCCUCCAGAGAAAGCUGGACAUGGCACCAGUGUCACAGACAUUACCACAGCAUUGAAGUCUUCACCCACUAUGACCUGCUCACCUUCAACGGGACCAAAGUGGCUGAAGGUCACAAAGCCAGCUUCUGUCUGGAGGACACCUACUGCCCCGACGGUAUUAGCAAGCGCUAUGCUUGCUACAACAUGGGGCAGCAGGGCAUUUCCGUUGGCUGCUGGGACACCUACCGCCAUGACAUUGACUGCCAGUGGAUCGACAUCACUGACGUGCGACCUGGCGAAUACAUAUUUCAGGUGGAGGUCAACCCUUCCCUGGACAUGGCUGAGUCCGAUUUCCAGAACAAUGUGAUUCGCUGCCGCUGCAAGUAUGACGGAGCUCGGGUUUACCUCUUUGGCUGUCAUGCAGGUGAUGCUUACAGCGCUGAGGCAGAGGACCUCUUUGACCACCAACGUGAGAUAUCCAGCAACUUCCUGUGAAUUACGCAACACAUAGAUGUAAGAGUGGGUCAAAUGUAAAACUCCUCACCACACCUCCAAGUGUCAUGGGAAGGAGGGUGAAUGACAAUGUCAGUACGUAAAGAGGUCAGGCUUAGGAGGGAGUAAUGGGACUUGAUCCAAACAUAGAAUAUUUGGAUCAUGUGACUGAUUAACUCGUUGCCAUCUGCAGUUCUUGUUGCCUUUAGGAGUUAAAAAAUGAACAAAAAAAAUGAGAAACAGAAAUAUGCAAAGACUCAUCAAAGUCACCAUGAUUUAUGAUAAAACAUAUAGAUUACUUUAAGAGUUUUGAAAUGUUGCUUUGAUUUUUUUUUUUUAAACAAAUUCAUAAUGACUCUGUCUAAAGUUUAACCACAGUUGAAAGUAAUGACAUGAAGGCAUAAGAGAAGGAUUUUUAUUAUGUAUCACCAGACUGUCCAUACGAUAUCUGCACAGGAAAUGAAUAAUGUGCAGAAGUUGGAGAAAACUUCCUGUGCUUUCACUGACUGUCCAAGUUGCAAAGUCCAGUAUUUACUAUCACAACUGUGUGUGUUUUUUUAGCCUUGAAUUAGAUGUUUCUUUUCUUUUGUUUUUUAAUUUCAUGGUGCUAUUUUGCCUUUUUUUGAAUAAAUAUUGUAAUGUAUUGCAAAUGUAUUGUCAUGUACAGUUUUAUAUUACCUCUCUGGAAUACUGUUCUUCAGGUCUCUAAUUUAUGCAGAAUUUUAAUGUGCCUUUAAGUUGGAACUUGUUUGUAUUGUUAAUUUUAUUUUAAUUACUUUCUUUUUGUUUGUCUUUACCCUAUGAAAUACCAGUUACAGCAGAUGAAAUCGGUUGUAAGUUAGCAUCACGCGUAACAGUACUUGGUAAUAGUAGUGACUAAAAUAAAAGUCAGAUUGACAAACUGUUUGGUCAUUGGAGAAAUGUUUAUUUGAAUCCAGACUUUUGUAAUGUAAUAAAUAAAGAGACAAAACUUAAA